UGCUAUCUCCUUCACUACUGCUCAGCGAGCAACCGCCAUGUCAAUCCCCUCUUUGUGCGUGCUGUACACGCUCCCGCCUCACGGUUCACCCCGCAUCGCUCAACCGAACAAUCGCCUGGCCGUCUGCUUCCGCUCCUCAAUGACUUAUAUACAGUGUGGACUUCUCCUUUUGCAGCGCCCACCGCCCCCUUUCAUCCCACUGCUCUGGACCGUGAACAGCAUGUAUCGUCUAGCCCGUCACCUCCGUCUCAGCAACCUGCAUCACGACCUUCGUCACGACCUCGCACCGAUCAUACAAUUCGCCUCCAGACGUUCUCUGUAAGCUCCUCGGAGCGGUCUUACCUCCGCCGGUCGCUAUUCCUACCCCAGCAAUGCGAACGACAGCGCGCAGCCGCUCAUCCCAAGAAUCCCACAUCGUUCGACCUUGACUUCCUGCUCUCACCGACAUCACGCUUGCACCCACUCACCUGCUCUCGAUGAAGGCACUCCGAUCGUACACUACCCGCACAUGCACACUCGUACUACUACGCUUCACCCUGCAUGGCAAGUCUCUCCCUCUUUUCGCUGCCGAAGAGCUUUGGCCCACCGAACAUACCCAACUUCGCUGUUCACAAGGCUCAAUCACACUGCGACCCAUUCC